GUGGUAACAAUGUAUUUGUUACAUCAAUUUUCCUUUAUGGUUCAUUAUAUUGAACUAUAGUCCGGAAAGAAUUCUUGUUUGGAACUUGGAAGUGUAGUGCAUAAAGAACAUUAAGACUAUACGAAGGAUGUAGUUCAUGGAACUUCUUAAGCUGAGUCGGGAAUUGCAUGCAGCCCUUAUACAAAUAGAAAGUUUAUCCAUUGUAAGCUGUGAUUUGAAAAAUCUUGGUAUGAUCAUAUAAAAGCAUAGUGCAUAUAAACGGGUAAGGUGGAUUAGAGAGAGAAGCAAUCUGAAUCUGGUUUCGUUUCCACUUUCCAGCAUUAGGGAUAGCUUUUGCCACUAAAGGAGAAUAUAAACACGAAAAGCAUACCAACUCUUUAAUAACAAAAUCGACACUGUUAUGAACAGAGAACCAACAUUCAAGAUCCAAGCUAGCACCAUUUGUCCAACUGCCCCCAUUGUUAUUCACGCUUCACAAGCUCCCUCCAAGUGAUAAGGUUCCUCUUUUGAUCUGCUUUAUCAGAGAUAAGGCAUAUGUAUUUGUUCCCAAUAUGGUCGUUUAGUGCUAUGCCAAAUUUGGGGCCUGAAAUUUGGUGGAGUUGGAUGAGGUGGUGAUCUCAUUAUUGGUUUAAAAUAUAUGAACAACAAAGCAAGUACGAUUAGGUAGUCUUUUAAACUCUGUUCAUCAUGUGAUAAGUCCUCGAUGGAAGAGACUUUUCUAUUUUCUUUUGGGGUUUACAACUGAUAUGGUCCUGAAUCAUGACGCAAAACCUUACUUUGCGGUUUUUUAUAGUCAAUGAAGACUACCAAAAGCUACUACAACAGCCUAUUGGUGAAUUAAGAGAGUGCAUGUAUAAAUACCGCUAGGACCAUGCUCUUCCAUGCACAGCUCCGAGUUUCAAAAACACAUCGAAAGCACAAGAGUUUGUUUAGGAACUAAAUCCAGAGAGAAAUAUGAAGGGAGCUUCAGCAGCUAUUGAGAUUGGUGAGUCCAAAAUCGGUUCAACACCAAGAAGCGGGGUGAACAGAGGGGCAGCGAUACUCGACUUCAUUCUAAGGAUAAUCGCCUUUCUUGGUACCUUAGCGAGUGCUAUAGCUAUGGGAACAACCAGGGAAAGACUUCCUUUCUUCACACAGUUCCUUCAGUUUAGGGCUGAGUAUGAUGAUCUUCCAACAUUUACGUUCUUUGUGGUUGCCAAUUCCAUCGUAUGUGCCUAUCUGAUGUUUUCCCUAGCUCUUUCUAUCUUCCACAUCAUAAGAAGCAAUGCAAAGAACAGUAGAAUAAUCUUGAUCUUCUUCGACACGGGAAUGCUGGCUCUUCUGACAGCAGGUGCCUCGGCCGCCACAGCUAUUGUGUACUUAGCACACAAGGGGAAUGCCAAGGCAAACUGGUUCGCAAUCUGUCAACAAUUCAAUUCCUUCUGCGAACGAAUCUCUGGCUCUUUGAUUGGAUCUUUCGUGGCAAUUGUUAUUUUCGUUCUCUUGAUCUUAAUGUCAGCUGCCGCCCUUUCUCGGCGUUGAGUAUCGUAUAUUUCAAUGAUGCACACACGUGUGUGUACUAGUGUGCAUCAGUUUGUUAAUUAGUGUGUAUUUCCAUGUGACAGUUUGAAUUGGUGUGACUUGUGUGCCACAUUUUAAGUUUCUCAAUUUCAUAUGAAAUGUUUAGAUUGCAUUAAUGUAAUCCAAUUCCUUAUUUCCUUGACCAAUUAUU